UAUGGCUCAAAAAAAUUGCAGGAUCUGUUGUUGAAGGAUCCGAGAAUUAAAAGCCUGAUAUUUGAAGGGGUUAUUGAGUACAUAUUCCAGUUGAUGACCAACCAAUAUGGACGCUAUCUAUUUAAGAAGCUGAUUGAGUUAGAAGACGAAAGUCAGCUGCGGAUGAUUAUGGAGAAAUUAACAUUCUCUUGUGGAUACAUCUUUCAUGCAUCAAUCGAUAGAUAUGGCAGUUAUUCAAUUAAGAAGCUGAUCAAAGUGCUUGAGAAGUCACCAUUGGUUACUGAGGUUGUGAAAGCUUUGUGCAACAAAUUCUGGGAACUGAUGGUCAAUCUAACAGGACAAUACGUGAUACUGGAGUGUCUAGACGUUGUUGAUUCUCAGAAGAAUGACUUGCUCUACAUUGAAGCCAUUGAUAAAUGUCUCAAACUAGCCACACAUGAGAGAGGAUGUGUAUCCUUGAACAGUUUCAUCUCCCGAAUCAAAGGUCCUCGAAGAGAUCAACUCCUCAACUUGAUCUGUGAUCAUGUGGUGUACCUCGCACAAGAUCCUGCAGGCAACUUUGUUGUGCAAUGCGUCCUGGGACUCCAAAAUCCUGCCAUCAUCGACAAAAUCUGCUCAAAACUGAAAGGUUAUUAUGCAAAACUAUCCAUGCAGAAAGGAGGAAGUCAUGUAGUGGAGAAGUGCUUGAGAUCAUCAGGGAUGGAUCAUGUGGUACACGAAUUUCUUCAGAGCAAUCAACUUUUUCAAGUUGCCAAAGAUCGAUAUGGAAACUAUGUUCUCCAAACUGCUUUAAGAGAGACAAAGAAAAGGGGUAGUCCAGUUUAUGAAAGUCUAGUUGUGAAACUUCAGCAACAUCUGAACUCUCUGCAACAUGGGUAUGGAAGAAAUAUCCUCCCAUUGAUGACAGCCGCAGUCCAGUUCAACAAAGCGUGAUCGAUCCCCAUCUUAACUUCUUCUUUUCAUGCCAAGUA